AUCAAAACUGAAAAUCAGAAUUUUCUUUGAUGAAAAUGUGAUAGCGAUCCCAAAAUAGAUAUUUUUGUGCGAAUUUAAUUGGAAUUGUCUACUAAUCACUGUAAAAUAUUUAGUCUUUUAUUUUUUACCUUCAGUUUGUAAUGACGCCUCUGAACUAUCAAUUGUAAUAAAUUCCAUUCAAUUAAAUAGCCAACAUGAAUGAACUACCGGAAAAUAGCAACAACUCUGGCGGCAAUGAUUUAGAAACCUUGGAUUAUUUACGUGGUGUAAAAUCGUCAACGUGCUUGUUACUACCGACGACACCUAGUCCUACACCGCUCGAUUUCAAACAUCCACUAUCUGAAGAAAUGGGCGACCGUCCGUUUUUAACUCUGAAUGACGAGCCCAACAUGGUCAAUUUACAGACAGAUGCAUCAGCGGGAGAUUCUAGUUCGUCGGGUGACUCAAGCUCUGUUGUUCAAGAUCCAGUCAGCGCUCAGCUCAUCAAUAAUAUCAGCAUGUUGGAUUACCAGACACUAAGCAAGAAUGGUGACCUGAUUAUGGGACAAACUGAAGACUGCAAGCUCAACGGCAACCACAAUGUCAAUGGCAGAAAACUACCCAGCUUCGUUAACUGGAACUGGAGUGUGAUCAGGAAAGUACUUCUUUGGAUUGUCCUCUCCGGUCUUAUCGCCUGUUUGGGUGCUAUUAUAGGCAUGGUGAUCACCAUCCCAAAAGAAUGCAAUCCUGACCUUCCUUGGUAUCAAGGCAAAGUAUUUUAUGAAGUAUUUCCGGCAAGCUUCAAAGAUUCUAACAAUGAUGGCAUGGGUGACUUAAAAGGGCUUCUUAAAAAGCUGGACUACAUCCAAGACCUAGGGGCAUCAGCUAUUAGACUUAACUACAUAUAUCAAGCACAAAAAUAUCCUGAACAGUACUAUAAUAUUACUUCCUUGGUACAAAUAGACAGGAGUGUAGGUGUUCUGAAGGAUUUUAGAGAUCUUAUAAAUGAAGUACACAAUAGAAACAUGUCUUUGAUCCUUGACUUACCAGUGGUGUCCAUGGCAAAACCUGAUUCAUCAUCAAACUUUACUCAAGCUGUGUUAAUAUCUAAUGAAACAAUUACUAACUUUGUUGACCCUACAUCAGCGGCAAUAAUAUUUUGGUCCAGUGAAAAAGUUGAUGGCUUCUAUUUAAAAGAUUUAGAACAAUUUGUAGAUGAUAUUAGUUUUCCUAGAACUUUGCAAAUGUGGAAACAAGCUAUGGGUUAUGACAAAAUAUUAAUUGCUAGUGAAAGCGCUUAUGAAAAAGCUAAGGGUGGUGCUUUAAAUGUUUUGUUAUCUCGAGUCGACCUUAUUGAUGUCCAUCUGGAUUUACAUGAAGGUAUCUCGGGUUUGAAAAAUCGUAUUGAUAAUGUUAUUAAGGGUUCUUUGUGGGCAAAACCACACUAUCCCUGGGUGCAUUGGAAUAUUGGAAGUAUUCAUAAUGAAAGAAUAGCUACCAAACAUGUGAACAACACUUUGGUGUUGACAGCUCUUGAGUUAGUUUUGCCUGGCACUGUUAGCAUAUUUUAUGGUGAUGAAAUUGGACUUGCAGGACUAGGUGACAUUGAGGGGGAUUUCCACGAACACAAAGAUGUAAACAAUGUAGUCUCUAUGUCAUUUUCGAAUGAAAAAAAUACUGCAGUUAUUUUACCUUGGAACUCAAACUCAGAGAGAGAACCCAGCUACCAUUUCUUAGAAGUUAUAAAGAUGUUUACCAAGGUCAGGUUGGAGACGCCAACAAUAUAUUUGCGAUCUAUUUACAAGGAGGGUAAUAAUCUGAAAAAUAUGGAAAUUCGUAAAACUGAAGAGAAUCUAUUUGUUAUAGAACGUUGGUAUCCUCGAAGGAAUACUUGCGUGUUCGUGGGGAAUUUGGGAAGUAAAUCUAUUACUACUGAUUUGUCCACCAUGUUUUAUGGCGGCACCGUGCUUGCUGGAACAAACUCAUCUCUAGUCGGCCAAGUAUUAUAUUUUGAGAAAAUCACGUUUCCUCCCAAUUCUGCCAUUAUAUUGAAGCUAGAAAAGUAAAGAGAUGAAUCUCUUAAGAUAUAUUUUUACUUCUAGGUUUUACUGUGAAUUUUUAAGUUUAAGAAAUUUCGUAUUUUAUCAAGUAUUAUUCUUGAAGUUAUUAUCAAUCAGAGAUCUAUUAAUAAGGAAAAUAUUUAGAUAUGAUAAAUAUCCAUAGGUAACUAUAAUGAUUGCAACAGAAUCUCGCGCUUCCCAAAUGAUCUGAAAAUUUAUCUCUAUAAGUACUUAUAAUAAUUUAACAGUAUUAAUUAACUACAACACUAUGGCAGCUGAACAAUUAUUGUUUCAUUUCAUUUUAAUAAUCUUAGAUUUUAGUUAAUGUUGUUUGUUCCUGUUGAUGUUGAUUUGACUCAAUACUUUAUAUUGUAUUCUAAUAUGUAUUUUAACUAUGAAAUUGUAUUUUCAUAUACAUAGUUCCUUUUGUACCAAAGAUGUUAGGCAGCUUGAACAUGAUUGUAUAGGAUUUAAGU